GACAACAGUCUGCUCAGAUCAAGGAAGGGCAUAUCAAGAAAGACUGUAAAGAACUCAAGGAUUCAAUAGAAGCUAGACAUCUCUUUAGAGAAGCUAGAUCUAGAAUAAAAAAAGAAAAAAACACAAAAAUUAGAGACCACAGAAAUUAG